AUGAUAGGUGAAGAGGAACGUGAGCAUCAAUGCAAGGAAUGUGGGUUGAGGCUCUCAACUCGGAGUGCCUUGACCGCUCACACCCGGUCACACAGAGUUGCAGCCGACGCUCAUCGCUGUGACGUUUGUCACAAAACCUUCGCUGUGCCCGCUCGUUUGGUGCGCCACUACCGGACCCACACCGGCGAGCGGCCUUUCGAGUGUGAAUAUUGCCACAAGAUGUUUAGCGUUAAGGAAAAUCUUCAAGUUCAUCGACGAAUUCAUACUAAGGAACGGCCAUAUCGUUGCACGGUGUGCGGAGCGGCCUUCGAACAUUCCGGUAAACUGCAUCGUCACGCUAGAAUACACACAGGCGAGAGGCCGCAUGCUUGCCCGCAUUGCCACAAGACUUUUAUUCAAUCGGGACAAUUAGUGAUUCAUCUCCGCACGCACACCGGCGAAAAGCCCUAUCGCUGCCCAGCUCCUGGCUGCGGAAAAGGCUUUACGUGCUCGAAACAACUUAAAGUUCACUCUCGCACUCACACGGGAGAACGACCUUAUACAUGCGAGAUUUGUCUCCGCGAUUUUGGCUACAAUCAUGUAUUAAAGCUGCACCGUUUCCAACAUUUCGGUGAGAGAUGCUACCGAUGUACCGUGUGCGAUGGAACCUUUAAUACAAAAAAACAAAUGGAAGCUCACAUAUACAAGGAGCAUGGAUCAGAGACUCCACGAGCACCAGCACCUACUCAGUAUACCGUGCCAUUAGUGGUUAACGGUAAUGUUAUGUGUGAUAUUGUAGAGGCGGCGUUGCAGCAGCUUCCCCCUACACCUCCCAGUUCCCCUCCGUCUCCUCCCUGCCCAGUACCUAACCCCGUACAAGCCGUUCCUCUACCCACACCUCCCUCACCUACGCCAUCUCCUUCACCACCUGUGAUGAGUGCAACAAUGGCCGUAAUGACGCUAACUCCAUCAUCCCUGCCUCCCCGGAAACGUAAGCUGAUUCCACAAGUAGAGUCGGUACCUGCGGAGCCUAUAGUUCGUCACACAUCAGUUAUACAGUUUGCUCCUGCGGCGUCUGAUUCUUCG